AUGCAGUCAGCAAGUGCUUCAGGAAGCAGAGAUAGACGACCAUCCUAUGAUAUCCCCAAACGGUCGGCACUGGCUUGUAACCGCUGUCGAGGCCGAAAGACCAAGUGCAAAGGAUCUCCACCUCUGCAGUGCCCGGCUUGCGAAGAAGCUGGUGUCGAAUGUGUUUACACGGAGACAGAGAGGCGGGUUCCGGUACUAGAGAGUGGAUGCAGGGGAACCCCAUUCCUCUCAGAGCACCUUUGUGAUCGAAGUUGGCAAAUUCAAUCGCUGACUUCCGCAGUUCUUAGAGCAAGGCAAAGCAACGACACCUCUCCUCUGAGUGCUGAAGAACCUGUGUACAAAGAGGACGAUGAUUGGUGGUACAAAGGGAUGGAUACAUUGCUCCUCAGUCGUUCGGGCGAGCAUCACUAUGUUGGAACCGCAUCGUCAACGUAUCUUGCCCAGAAGUUGAACCCAACGGCGGAAAAGAAUUUGGCAUGGGACGUGCAUCCAAUGUACAAAGAUCCCUCGUCUUUACAGAGGCCCUCAGCUCCCCUCAUGCCACAAUUGCCCCCGUAUGAGUUCGCAAAAAGACUGUUUGGCGCACAAUAUAUCUAUAUCGGGACAAUCUUCUCCUUCCUGCAGCCGGAAGUUUUCGAAAAGCGACUGCAACAAGCCUACGGAGGUCCUCCGAACCUGGGCAACAGGGAAGAAUGUCUUGCCUAUUGUCAAAUCCUGCUGAUCUUUGCCUAUGGCCAGAUGUACUCCGUCAACCAGUGGUCAGGUAAUGACGGACCGCCGGGAUUCACUUAUUUCAAGCAUGCACUAUGGCUUCUGCCAGAUAUUCACCAGGAAGGCUCGAUCUUGUUUGUUGAGGUGUUGAGUCUCAUUGCCCCAUACAUGCAGAACUUGAAUCGCAAAGACGCCGCUUUCCUGUACAUCGGACUGGCUCUGAGGAUGGCCAUAUCCCUCGGACUCCAUCAAGAGGUAGAUGAUCCCACCAUGGGUACGGUGGAACGAGAACAUCGGCGCAGAGUUUGGUGGUCUGUGUAUAGUAUGGACAGAAUUAUCUCAGUCAAAUCGGGUAACCCUAUAUCGAUUCACGACGAGGACAUCGACGUUGCAUGGCCAAGUCCAAUCCCCGGCGUUGACGCCAACCCAUCACCACCGAGGGUAUUGGCGCACUAUACGCAGCUUUCUCGAAUCCUAGGCAGGAUUGGUGAGGGGAUCUAUCGCAAGAAACACAAAACUGGAACCAAUCUCUUGACGUCUGUACAGAGCAUCAUGCAUGAUCUGUCCGAGUGGUUGAGCCAUGUCCCACAAGAGCUGAGAAUCAAUUUCUCAGCCUUGGAUCGACCCCUUUCACGUGAAGGAAUAUCAACGUUCCUUCACUAUUAUCAAUGCAUCAACAUGACAACGAGGCCAAUGCUUCUCUAUGUCUGCCAGAAAAGAUUAGAUGCUCUUGCUAUUGGCUUGGCCCCCUUGAACUGGAAAGAAGGCCUCUCGCCUAAUGUGAUCACCAUUAUCGAAACUGCAAUCAGGGCUGCUCGCGCAAGCACGAUGCUCAUGAGUGCAGCUGCAAGUCAGAAUUUAUACGCAACCUAUGGUUUCAUGGAUGGCGAGCAUGCCUUUUCGGCUUCGCUAACCUUGGUCAUGGUCAACGUUGCAUUUCCAUAUAAUGAGAAAGAUGCAACCGCUAUGGAGACUGCGCUUUCUGUACUUCGAGGGAUGGCGGCUAAAGGUAACGAGUACAUCCAGGCGAGAUUGACUCUUUUGAUGAACCUCCGUGCGGCUAUUGGACCUCGACUGUCAACCCGCAAUCAGGCAGUGCCAGCGAACGUUCCAUUGUCACAGUUUCCGGAGUCAGUCCCCUACACGUCGUCGACUAUUCCGAUGAACAUUCCUGUACAACCGCACGAUAAUAUUUUGCAAUUUGAUAGUAGCUUUCAGCCUUUACAGGAUAUCUCUUUCGAUUUCGAUACAGACGAAGAUCCAAAGUUCUGGGAAGAAUUAACGGGGAAUCUCGACAUCGACAUGAACAUGGAUACGGGCUGGUUAGAAAAUGCUCUACGAAACGAAACGUACCAUCAAACCCAUCCUGGCUUAUAG